GCGCGGUGGGGCGGGGCGCGGCGGCGGGGGAGGCGGGGAGGACUUGGAGGGUGCGUGAAGGCGCUUGCAUCGAUCGCGCGGGGCGACCGGCGGCGCGGCGGCCGCUCAGUCCGCCGGGACGGCCGGCGAGAACGCGCGUGUGAUGCGCCACCGCUGAGAUGGCCGGCGCUCGGGCGCUCGUGGCCGCCUGCUGCUGGUGGUGGCUUACGAUCGCAGCCGCCACCGAGCUAGAUCUGCUGGGCGCUCUGUCGCUACACAACACGUCGCGCGCCGGCGUGAGCGUCGCGCCGGGCAUGCAGCCGCAGCGCACCGCCUACACCCUGCAAGGGGAUUCGCGGUCGCUGCAGGUGGAAGGCGCGGCGUUCGAGCGCGCCGCCGAGCUGCUGCGCAGGUCGCCCGAGUUCACGGUGCUGGCUUCCCUCAAGCAGGAGCCCGCCAACUCCGGCACCAUUCUCUCUUUCUCCCACGGGUACAACAGGUACCUGGAGGUGCAGUCGAGCGGACGCCGAGACGAAGUGCGCUUGCACUACGUUGCGGCGGGAGAGGCGCGCGAGGCGGGCGAGGCACGCGUGGAGACGUUCCCGUUCCGACUCGCGGACGGCGCGUGGCACCGCCUGGCGCUAGCCGUGUCGGGCGCGCAGGCCACGCUCCUCGUCGACUGUCAUCCACUCUACCGCCGCCUCAUCGCGCCGCCCGAUCGUAACUUCACGCAGCCGCAACUCACGCUCUGGGUCGGGCAGAGGAAUAGCAAGCAUUCAUUAUUCAAGGGUACUCUACAAGACGUGCGGCUGGUGAGCGGGCCGCACGGCUACCUCGCGCAGUGCCCGGGGCUGGACUCGGAGUGCCCCACGUGUGGCCAGUUCGCGCUGCUGCAGGCCACCGUGCAGGAGCUCACCACACACAUCCAUGACCUUUCGCUUAAGCUGGUGGGCGCGGAGGCGCGGCUGGCGCGGCUGGAGCAGUGCGACUGCCAGAAGUCGUGCUACUCCAACGGCUCCGUGCACGCCGACGGCGCCACCUGGAAGUCCGGGGACUGCAAUCGCUGCUCCUGCGUGCACGGAGAAAUAACGUGCAGGCCAGUUGAGUGCGAAAGAACCGACUGCAAGAACCCAGUGCUACCUCCCGGAGCAUGCUGUCCAACGUGUUUAAGGCACUGCUUGCUGAAGGGCACACUGUACGAGCACGGCGACCGGUUCGCGCCGAAGGAGUGCGCGGAGUGCGUGUGCCACGACGGCAACAUGCAGUGCACGCGCGUCGACCCCGACAGCGCCUGCCCGCCGCUGCCCUGCGACCCGCCCGACCAGUUCACCGUGCCCGGCGAGUGCUGCAAGUUCUGUCCGGGAGUGGACUACUGCAGUAUGGGGCACACAUGCGACGAGAAUGCGACAUGUAUGAAUCUCAACACCAAGUACACUUGUAAAUGCAACCAGGGCUACGAAGGCGAUGGCAUUACUUGUGAAGAUGUGGACGAAUGUAGUGAAGCCGGCGGUCUGUACGGACACCACUGCCACUCCAACACGCGCUGCGUCAACGAGGUGGGCGGCUACCUUUGCCAGUGUCUGCCCGGAUAUACCAGGAGAGACAAGUUCAAUUGUGUCGAGGUGGACGAGUGCGCGGGCGACACGCACGGCUGCCACGAGGCGGCGGAGUGCAGCAACACGCCCGGCUCCUACACGUGCCGGUGUCGCGACGGCUACGAGGGCGACGGUUACACCUGCACGCCGAUCUGCACGGGCGGGUGCCUGAACGGCGGGUCGUGCGUGGCGCCGGAGCGGUGCUCGUGCUCGGGCGGGUUCGGCGGCGCGCGCUGCGAGCGCGACCGCGACGAGUGCCGCGACCCCGACGUGUGCGCGCCCAGCGCCGAGUGCGUCAACACGCCCGGCUCCUACUACUGCGUGUGCCGCGCCGGAUAUCGGAAACACCCGCUGCGGGACCAUUGUGAAGAUGUAGACGAGUGCGCGCUAGGCGAGCACACGUGUCCGAAGCACGCGCGCUGCGUCAACAACGACGGCGGCUUCAGCUGCGAGUGCGAAGUGCCCGACUGCGAGUUAGGAUGCUGGUGGCAGGGCGAGAUGAAGCGUGACGGGUCGCACUGGAGCGAGGCGGGCGGCUGCCGCGCGUGCGCCUGCGGCCGCGGCGUGGCCGCCUGUCGCCGCGCGCCCUGCGCCUGCGACGACGGCAACUCCACCGCGCAGGUGUCGGGGUUCGCGCCGGCGGCGUGCUGUCCGCACUGCGAGCCGCGGUUCCACUGCCGGCACCAGGAGAUGCACCACGUCACCUUCCGCAGCGGCGAGCGCUGGCUCUACCAGUGCCAGAUCUGCGAAUGCCUGCUGGGCGAGGUUGACUGCUGGGAGCCGGCGUGCGAGGAGAGCGGCGCGUGCUGCGCGCGCGAGGGAGCGGGACAGGGCGCGUGGCGCGCGCACCGCCUGCAGCUGGCCGGCUGCCAGCUGCCGCACUGCCGCGCCUGCCAGGGAGGCCAGUGUGCUACUUUGGUGAGCAAUCUCGCGUGUUGUGUGCAUCGGUAACCACCCCACUCUUUUAUUCAUUCAUACAUUGCUAUAUUAACAAGUGUUUAUUUGUCGCUCGUGUUUAGGUUGGAUUUGUUAAGAGGCGCCCAUAUAUUGGCU